UAUUUAAACAGCCGCUGCAUCGCUGUUGAUUCUCAGCGUCAAUUGUACAAUUAUUCUCCAUCUAGUAGCUGGUUAAUGAGGUUACUACAGAGCUCAUUCUUGCUAUUUUCUUUCACGUUGGUUUUCACAAUCUCGACUCUCGUCAUGGCCGACCACAAGCAUGACCAUCAUCAUCAUCAUGGCGACCACGGCCACCACAGCCAUCACGACCAUCAUCAUGAUGACUCUCUGCAACAAAAUUUACCCGAUGAUGAGUUUACGGAAAUGAAUCGGAAGCACUGGAAUGACUAUGCUGCCUCUUACAUGAAAGAGCAGUGGCAGAAGGACAUGGUCAAGCUCAUGACCGAGUUCAUGGUAGCCAACCACGAUUGGAUUGGCGUCGACUUUGCGGACAUUUCAACUUCUUCCGAGGCCAGUGCUCUGCCCAAGGCUGUCAGAGUACUCGACUACGCAUGCGGUCCCGGCACGAUGACACACGCAUUAGCUGGCAAAGCUACCGAAUAUGUUGGUGUCGAUAUAAGUGAGAACAUGGUGAAAGCAUAUAACCUCCGCUUCAACCCGGAGCCUGUCAUAGAUUCAACGGCCACAAGAUCGUCAGAGGAUAUUGUGGACCAAAGCCUGAACGCGCAAGCUGUGGUGGGCAACCUUCUCGCAGAGUCCGGCACUCCAGAAUCACUCGAUGGCGCCAAGUUUCAUGACUUCGAUCUCGUUGUCAUAGGAGGUGGUUACCACCAUUUUUCCAAUUUGACUCUGGCAACUGCGCGAUUGGUGGAGCGCCUCAAGCCAGGCGGCGUUUUGUUGGUUCUUGAUUUCGUCUCACACGGUGUUUCGGACUCCGAAAAGAACCAUCCUGCUGCACCAACGAUUGCGCAUCAUGGAUUCAACGAGCAACAACUCCAGGCUUACUUCGAGGGCGCUGGGUUGGUGGAAUUUAAGAUGAAGAAGUCAGGCCAGGCGAUGAAGAUGAGAGGUAUCGAGCCGAGAGAGCCUCUUUUGGCGAGGGCCAGGAAGCCGCAUCUGACAGGGAUAGAACAGCGGCCAAUGAAGGGUGAAGCUGCCCUGUAAGCACAAAAGGUUGCUUCUAUCAUCCUGACAUGUCUGCUACCCAGUUUGUUAGUCGAGUUGAAGCAUUUCAAGGUCGAUUGAUUCCUCGCUCUCGCCGUUGCUUUGUCGGCGUCCUGAUUUGCUGUGGCCGCCUUCGUCGUGUAGAUCCGGUUCCAAGGCUGUGUUGUGCUGCUGCUUUUGCCGUUGCAACCCUUCUUCUCUCUUUCGCCGUCUUCUGUCAUCCUUGUCCUCCCAGCCCUGGGUCCGGGUAUUUUCAGUCAUUUGCCUUUGCAUAGCCAUUCGGAUCUCUUUUGUCAGUCUCUCUUUCCGUUCAGAAUUCCACCGAAAUCGUUGAUUGACCACAUCCGCACACAUGGCUAGAUAGUCCUCGGUCACCAUCUUGUGCAGGCCUUCUUCUCCUAAAUAACCCACCACGGUCUCAAAGGUCAAUCCCGCUGUUCGAAUUGCAAGCAUAACGCCAGCUCCAGGAUCGUCCAGAAUCCUUAGACUCUGUACACCACUUUCACGAAAGCCAGAAUUGAUGGCGGCGGAGAGCAGGGGUCGGGCAUGUGCCAGGGAUGCACAGUGGAUGUGGAGGAUAAGUGGAGAAAAUAUCAGGUGAAUGAGCUGGGUGGCGGUGGAGGGUUCUGUCGUUGGUUUAGAUAGAGGGUUCGUCGUUUGAGGACCUGAGUGCGUGGUAGAAUUCAACUUGAACAGAGUCG